AUGGGCUGGACAUUGUUCAAUGCAUCUUCCUACUCAUAUAGCGGUGAUGGUGGCCUUUACGGGGCCACCAAAAGCCCCCUUCUUCAAAAGGCGGAACACGCGCAUCGCCGAGUCCCAGGACUGAGAAACAUUCCCCUCCCAGCAAUAGGAAUUAUUGUCCUCAUUGCCUUGGUGAAUGCUGUGGUUUGGAUGGCCGCCGGCAUCGUCUUGCAUUACAACCCAUCCCUGGUAUCCACUGCAGUAUUGUCUUAUACUCUGGGACUGAGACACGCCCUUGAUGCAGAUCACAUAUCGGCUAUUGAUCUCAUGACCCGUCGUCUCCUGGCAACAGGUCAGAAGGCAGUAACCGUAGGAACAUUUUUCUCUCUUGGUCACUCAACUAUCGUUAUUAUCACGUCUAUAGUUGUAGCUGCCACGGCUGCAGCUGUAUCAUCUAAAUUUGACAAGUAUGGAACGAUCGGGAGUAUUAUUGGCAGCUCUGUUAGCUCCGCAUUCCUGAUUCUUCUUGGGAUUAUGAAUGCAUAUAUCUUAUAUAAAUUGCUUCAGCAAAUGGGCAAAUCAUUGAAGAGCCGGGCAACGGGAGAAGAAAUAUCAAAAAUAGAGGGAAGUGGUGUACUGUUCAGAAUUCUGAAAACAAUGUUUAAAUUAAUAAACAGACCAUGGAAAAUGUACCCGUUAGGUGUAUUGUUCGGGCUUGGAUUCGACACGUCCUCUGAAAUUGCUUUGCUUGGAAUCUCUUCAAUCCAGGCAGCCCGGGGAACCAGCAUUUGGGUGAUCAUGAUUUUCCCCUUUUUAUUCACAGCUGGAAUGUGUCUUAUUGACACGAUCGAUGGUGCCUUGAUGCUAUCGUUGUACAUCCAACCAGCGUCUCACUUCCUGGCCUCACCUUCCGAGUCGUCCACGGUCACCACUUCCUUGGUAGAGAACAAUACGCAGAGUCAGCCAAUAUCUCGCAGCCCUCGAGACCCCAUUGCCUUCCUGUACUAUUCGAUCGUCCUCACAUCCUUGACCGUCAUAGUCGCGAUAGUUAUCGGUAUCCUUCAGCUACUUACUCUCAUACUCAAUGCUGCAAAGCCAGAGGGGAAAUUUUGGGAUGGAGUAGAGAUAGCGGGGGAAUACUAUGAUGUUAUCGGUGGUGCUAUAUGUGGGUGCUUCCUCAUCUUCGGGGCUAUCAGUGUUGUUCUAUAUCCAUGCUGGAGGCGAAGGAUGGACAAGAGAUAUGGCAGUCAUAACGGCCAAGGAGAAGAAAUUGAUGAUAGCAACACCAAUAGGGAGCCCAGUGCGCAGCAAAGUCUAAGCACAGAUGUGCCUAAGACAGGCGCCGAGAUUAACAUAAUCAGAGAACCGUCAAGUUCUUGA